UUCGUUUGAUACCGCUAACGGUUGUUUGUUUCAGCACAGCUAAUUACAAAAAUGACUGACCUUACCAGUCCAAAGUCAGUAACCAAAUAUGGUUGUACCAAAAGAGCAGACAAACUUCAUCAGUAUAUAUGUGACCAUUCACUACGUCUGUCUGAAGCACAAAAGUGGUUAUUACAAGAGACCAGUAAACAUCCACUGUCAAUUAUGCUUAUCUCCAGCAUAGAAAUGCAACUUCUAUCAAAUUUGUGUUAUGCGAUAAAUGCUAGAAAGACACUUGAUGUUGGAACUUAUACUGGAUAUAGUGCAUUGUCUAUCGCGGAAGUAUUGCCAUCAAAUGGGCGUGUAUUAACCAUGGAAAUAACAGAUGAAUAUUUGAAAGACUAUUGUUUGCCAGCAUGGAAGAAAGCAGGUAUAGAAUCGAAAGUUGAUUUCCAACUCGGUCCAGCUGUUGAUACUCUACAAAGUUUGAUUGAUAAUGGAGAGAGUGAAACAUUCGAUUUUGCUCUGAUCGAUGGUGAUAAAGAAAACUAUAGUAAUUAUUAUGAACUAUGUUUAAAACUAGUUCGACCUCGUGGAAUCAUCGCCAUUGAUAAUGUUCUAUGGAGGCAGCGUGUGCUCGACGCGAAUAAUAACAGCUCUGAAACUGUCGGUAUAAGAGAAAUGAAUGCAUUGAUAGCUAGAGAUAACUCUGUUCGAAUUUCUCUCUUAAGAACUGGAGAUGGAUUGACAAUUGUUGUGAAGAAUUGAUUCAUGUUAUGACUGUUUUAAGAAUGGUUACAUCCAUACAGACACACAUAUUUGAUUGAUUAACCGAAUUGCUUUGAUUGCUUUCGCACAUAAAUAUUUCC